UUCCGUGCCGGAAGGGGAGGAUAGAGCAGUAGCGGGAACAGCGGCUCCGGCGUCGCUUCCUGGACGUGGAACAAAGCAGAAGGAAUCGCUGUUCCUAGAGUGACUCGCCUUCGGCUCGCGCGCCUUCUCUCCCUUUACCGCCGGAGGGGCGGUUCUGGAGCUGCGCCGCGACCCCCUCCGGAAGAGGGCGCUGUUCGGCCGGUGCGGCGACUUCUCUCCCCUCCCUCCCGCCGCGCUCCCUCCUUCGGCGGCCUAUGAGGCGAGCGAAGGUGGCGCGGCCACCGCUGCUUCCGCCGGCCUCGGGGCCCGGGCCGAGCGGCCGUGGGAGGCGGCUGUAGGCAGAUGCUUGCCCGCCGGGGUGGCAAAGAGCGGCUGGCGGAGGCUGAGGGCGGGGGAACAGAUGAAGAGGAGGCGGCGGCGGCUGCUCGCCCUGCUACGCCCACCACCGCUGCCGGGUCCCUCUCCGUCCCGGCCUUGUCAGGCAGAUGCUUCACAGCAGAGACAUGGGGCCAAGAGAAGGAGAGGAAGGCAGCAAGGGGCCCAUUUUAAAAUCUCAUCUCCGGGCCCACUCCAACCUUGGUACGCCCCUGGGUGAGAUGCUGUAGGAAUUAAUGCUUUCUCAGCCAAGGACCUGCCUUCUGCUAGACUAAGGAUGAAUGAAAUGAACCUGAGUCCUGUGGGGAUGGAGCAGCUGACAGCUUCCUCUGUGAGCAGUGCCCUGACUGUCUCAGGAAGUCACCUGGGUCUGGCUUCCUCACCAACACACAAUGCCAUACCAGCACCAGGCUUACCAGUUGCAAUUCCAAAUUUGGGGCCCUCUUUACCCUCUGCUCUGUCGCUGAUGCUUCCAAUGGGCAUAGGGGAUCGAGGAGUGAUGUGUGGUAUACCAGAGAGAAAUUAUACGCUACCUCCACCGCCUUACCCUCACUUGGAGAGCAGCUACUUCAGACACAUUCUACCUGGUCUUUUAUCUUAUUUAGCUGACAGACCUCCACCCCAAUACAUCCACCCCAACAAUAUAAAUGUGGAUAGCAAUCCAGCUUUAUCUGUCUCCAACCACCCUUCGGGCCUAGAUCCCUACCAGCCCAAUGGGACAGUGGGCCUUGAACCAGGCAUUGUCUCCAUGGAUUCCCGCUCAGUGAAUGCACACAGCAGUCAAAGCUUACACCCCAGCGACAGCCAUGAGGUGGCUCUGGAUACCACAAUCGCUAUGGAGAGUGUUUCAAGGGUUACCAGUCCAAUUUCUACUGACAGGAUGGCUGAGGAGCUUACAAUGGGCGAUGUAGCUGGAGAUCAUUCCCAGAUUGCCAGUGGCAACCGGAAUCAUGAGUCCUUAGCGGUGGAUGCUGUGGGCAGCAGCUUAGCCACCGAUGCUGUGGGGCAUAGUGGUGUCAUCCCUAUUCAUGGCAGCAGUUUGGAGCUUCCAGUUGUUAUGGAGCCUGACCAUAUUGCAGGCCAUGUCAGUGGGAUAUCUGACAGAACACUCAGUGACUCUAUUCAUACGGUGGCCAUGAGCAGCAAUUCUGUGAGUGUUGCACUCUCUACCUCUCACAACCUCACAUCCCUGGAAUCUGUCUCUUUGCAUGAAGUGGGUCUCAGUCUGGAGCCUGUGACAGUGUCUUCUAUAAGCCAGGAAGUAGCCAUGGGACAAAAUCAUGUCGAUGUCUCCUCGGACAAUCUUGCCUUUGUGCCAUCAUCACUACAGAUGGAAGACUCCAAUUCAAACAAGGAGAAUAUGGCGACUUUGUUUACCAUAUGGUGCACGCUCUGUGACAAGGCAUAUCCAUCAGAUUGCCCAGAUCAUGGGCCCGUGACUUUUGUUUCAGACACCCCAAUAGAGAGCCGGGCCAGGCUUUCUCUCCCGAAACAGCUUGUUAUCCGCCAGUCUAUCACGGGAGCUGAAGCUGGUGUGUGGGCUCGAGAAACCAUUCCUGUGCGGACUUGCUUUGGACCACUCAUUGGGCAACAGAGUCACUCCAUGGAAGUAGCCGAUUGGACAGAUAAAGCAGCCAAUCACAUUUGGAAGAUGUAUCACAACAACGUCCUGGAGUUCUACAUAAUUACAACUGAUGAAAACGAAUGUAAUUGGAUGAUGUUUGUGCGGAAAGCCAGGAACCGGGAAGAACAGAAUCUAGUCGCUUACCCCCAUGAUGGAAAAAUUUAUUUCUGCACUUCCCAUGAUAUCCCUGCAGAGCACGAGCUUCUUUUUUACUAUAGUCGAGAUUAUGCCCGACAGAUCGGUGUUCCCGAGCACCCUGAUGUACACACCUGCCACUGUGGAAAAGAAUGUGCUUCCUAUGCGGAGUUUAAAGCUCACCUGAGCAGUCACAUCCACAGCCACCUCCCCAGUCAAGGGCAUGCCAGUAGCCACAGGCCUGGCCACAGCAAAGAAAGGAAGUGGAAGUGCUCCAUGUGUACUCAAGCCUUCAUCUCGCCUUCCAAGCUUCACAUCCACUUCAUGGGCCACAUAGGCAUGAAGCCACACAAGUGUGACUUCUGUAGCAAAGCCUUUAGUGACCCAAGCAAUCUUCGUACCCAUCUUAAAAUACAUACAGGUCAGAAGAACUACCACUGUGCUCUUUGUGAAAAGUCAUUUACUCAGAAGGCUCACCUGGAGUCACACAUGGUUAUCCACAUUGGAGAAAAAAAUCUCAAGUGUGAUUAUUGUGACAAACUAUUCAUGCGGCGGCAAGAUCUCAAGCAACACAUACUCAUCCAUACACAAGAACGACAGAUCAAAUGUCCACAAUGUGAAAAAUUGUUCUUGAGGACAAACCACCUGAAGAAGCACUUAAAUUCUCAUGAAGGAAAACGGGACUAUGUCUGUGAAAAAUGCUUCAAGGCUUAUUUAACAAAAUACCACCUCACUCGCCACCUAAAAAUUUGUAAAGGACCCACCUCCAGUCUUUCAGCCCAAGAAGAAGAAGAAGAGGAGGAGGAGGAGGAGGAGGAGGAAGAGGAUGAUUCAGAGGAAGAAGAACUGAUAAACUCUGUCAGGAAUGAAAAUUGUAGGCUUGAUAGUAGUAUAUAUGUGACAAAUGACACACUCUCUUGUCACAAAUAAGAAAUGGAGGAUGACUUAAAAUUAGUGACUAGUUGCUUCUUCCUAAAAUUGUUUCUAACAAAUGAACAUUUCUAUAACUGAACCUCUGGUCAUUGACUAGAGCUGACAUCCUUUGAUGAAAAUAGAUUAAAUAUGCACUUUUCAGAGUUCUCCAGGAAGCUUAAACCAAUGAGAUCCCUGCAACUUUCAACCCAUAUUUGUGUGUGAGAAUUGUAUUCUGUCAUGCAUGAUUUCAGAAUUAACAGGCAGAUGCAAUUCUGAGUUCUAAUCAGCCAACUGUACAGCCAGUGCGCACAAAACUAUCUUCUGGAAUUAUUAGUCCACUAUACUUUUACAGUUUUGACUUGUACUCUAAAGCACCACCAGAUACAAUGCUCAAAUGUCUUCCCUACUCUGUACAUUACUUUGGGUUUGGGAGUAUUCAUUGUACUCAAUGAAUUAAAAUUGUCCACAAAUGUUUAUAAAGACAAGCAAGCACUUCCAAAUGGCUAGAAUGCACUAGUAUGAGAUGUUCUCAUCCAGAGAGGCAUGCUUGUGUUGGGAGUGCAGAUGUUUAUCAUGAGCCAGAAACUUGCCAUUCAGCGGUAUCUAUACCAUAAUUCGUAACCAUCUCUUUUGGAAGAGGGAAUUCUGCUGCUAAUGUAUUUAUGGAAUGACAAUAUUUAAAAUCUGUUUCCUUUUGGAAAACAUUAAAAUACUGUGCUUUUUAUUGUGUCUUAA